UUGCCAAGUACAACUGGUGGUGAUCACUGAAGCAAAUGACCUGUGACUGAUGGCGCAUGAUACGAGCAACACAGAGCUAGCCUGAUUGAAUGCGGCUGAAAUGCUGGUGUAUAUACAAGUUUUCUUGCCUGAGCUUACUUCGCAUCUUUCCCAAGGUCUUACGGCGAUAAACAGCUUUCAUAUAUGCUAUUACCAGACGUGAAUGAUCCAUUCUGACAUGUAUGAGAUGGACGCAAGUGUUCCAAGAUAGGGUUCCGCUACAAGCUUGCAGUCACGCGCGUUGAUUGGGGGAUCCACAAAUUCCCCGAUCCCAACGCCUCGGUGUUGAGCAACCCCGGCAGCUCUAUCUAAGGUCCACGUGACCGUUAUCGGCAUGCGUCAACAGCUCCAGCCACGCGACGUCUGCUUGAGUCAACGGCAUCACUCGUCCGCAGCAGCAGUAGCUAGCUGCCUUGUUCCUCUUCUCUCCUCUCCCUCCUUCUUCCCGAAACAUCACAUCCUGAUCUGGUUUUGCUAUUUGUCUUCUAGGAUUCGUUCUUUGUCUGCUCUGUACUCACGAGCUCUCGUCCGGAUAGCUCCCAACACGAUAAGCUUCACAUAGCGGGGAGACAGUGACCGAGGUGCUGCAAUCAUGGCAGUCAAGGCCGUAGUGCCCUUCCUUGUGGCGAUGAUGCUACUCACGGGGGUGUGCAAUACCCUCUUGACCAAGUAUCAAGAUAUGCAAUGUAUCGGCAACUGCGAUGCACCCUCCAAGAAGGACCGUAAGCUCUUCGAGCAGCCUGUACUUCAGACCCUACAAAUGUUCAUCGGAGAGUCGGGCUGCUGGCUAGUCAUCGGCGUCUUCUCUGCCUACCAACGUUACACAUCGCGCCGUGCGGGCUACGAGGCUGUAUCCGAGACGGAAGGAGACAACGUUGAAGGAGCUGCUACUCCUGCACUUUCGGACGAGAGCGAGACCACCGCUGUGUCAAACCCACUGAAGCCUGCACAUGCGGACGACGAGGGAAGAAUACCGCUUGAAGGGUGGAACGUGACUCUGCUCGCGCUACCGGCAUGCUGCGAUAUCGCGGGAACGACACUCAUGAAUGUGGGCCUGUUGUUCGUGGCAGCGAGCAUCUACCAGAUGACUAGAGGCGCGUUGGUGCUCUUUGUUGGUCUGUUCAGUGUGUGGUUCUUGAAGAGGCACUUGGGCCUGUACAAAUGGUUCUCCCUGUUUGUUGUCGUCUUUGGAGUUGCCGUUGUAGGUAUCGCAGGCGCGAUUACUCGGGACGAUAAAGCAUCACACAGCAGCGUUUCCAUGUUCUCGUCGAAUGGGGAAGCGGAAACUAUGACUGCGCCGAGUCAGGCUGUGAUGACGGUUAUUGGUGUUUUGCUUAUCGCCGGGGCCCAGAUCUUCACGGCAACGCAGUUUGUGCUUGAAGAGAGGAUCAUGGAGAAGUACUCCAUGGACCCGAUCCGAGUGGUGGGCUGGGAAGGUGUGUUUGGGUUUUCGGUCACACUUGUUGUAAUGUUCAUAUUACACUUCGCAGUGGGUACCGGUUACUUCAAUGCGAAGGAGGGCUUCUAUCAAAUGACCCACUAUCCGGCCAUUGCAAUCAGUUCUAUUCUGAUUAUGAUCAGCAUUGGUGGAUUCAACUUUUUCGGACUCAGCGUAACGCGCACAGUCUCUGCUACCUCUCGCUCCACAAUCGACACCUGCCGAACUCUCUUCAUUUGGAUAGUAUCGUUGGGCCUUGGUUGGGAGACUUUCAAGUGGCUGCAGGUAGCUGGAUUUGCGCUGCUGGUCUACGGCACGUUCCUGUUCAACGAUUUGAUCAGGCCGCCACUGAAGUCUUGCGUACAGGGUCAGAGAGAGGCUGAGAGGGAGCCUCUGUUACCCGAAGACCCGAUUGAACAUAUCUAG